UACGUAUUAUGGAUUGACAGAUUGUUUGAUAACGUCUCAAGGGCAAAGUCGCCUGGAAAUCGUGUCUGUUUGUACAGGAUUCAUGAAGGAUGAAGAUGUCUAAAGUGGGGAGUUGAACCAGACUCCGACUAAGCAGGUCUGGGGAAGUCUCAUAGUCCACUGUGUGGGGUGAGGGACCAUGGGAGAUGGAGGAGUUGGUGCAGCGAGAGAGGGGGUCAAUCAGUCACACGUUCUCUUUGACCGCUUCGUUCAGGCCACCACCUGUAAGGGGACCCUUAAAGCCUUUCAGGAAUUGUGCGACUUCCUUGAGCUCAGGCCCAGUGAGUAUCGAGUCUUCUACCACAAGCUCAAGUCCAAGCUCAACUACUGGAAGGCGAAAGCACUCUGGGCCAAGCUAGACAAACGUGCCAGCCACAAGGAGUACAAGAAAGGCAGAGCUUGUGUUAACUCUAAGUGUCUGAUCAUCGGAGCAGGACCAUGUGGCCUGCGCACGGCUAUAGAACUUGCCUUUCUGGGAGCCAAGGUGGUCCUGAUAGAGAAGAGAGAUGCGUUCUCCCGCAACAAUGUCCUCCACCUGUGGCCUUUCACCAUUCAGGAUCUGCGUGGCCUCGGCGCAAAAAAGUUCCACGGAAAAUUCUGUGCUGGCUCCAUAGACCAUAUCAGUAUUCGUCAGCUGCAGUUGAUGCUGCUGAAAAUGGCUCUGCUCUUGGGUAUCGAGAUCCAUGUCAACGUGGAGUUUAAAGGCCUCAUCGAGCCACCACAAGAUCAAGAGAAUGAGAGGAUAGGCUGGAGAGCUGAAGUCCAUCCUAAAACACACCCUGUUAGUGAGCUGGAGUUUGAUGUCAUCAUCGGGGCAGAUGGGAGGAGAAACACAUUGUCAGGAUUCAGAAGGAAAGAGUUCAGGGGCAAGCUGGCCAUCGCCAUCACGGCCAACUUUAUUAACCGCAACACUACAGCCGAGGCCAAAGUGGAGGAAAUCAGCGGGGUGGCCUUCAUCUUCAACCAGAAGUUCUUUCAGGAUCUAAGGGAAGCCACUGGGAUUGAUCUGGAAAACAUUGUCUACUAUAAAGAUGACACGCACUACUUUGUGAUGACUGCCAAGAAGCAGAGUCUGUUGGAGAAGGGCGUCAUUUUGCACGAUUAUGUGGACACAGAGAUGCUUCUAUCCAGGUCUAACGUGGACCAAGCUGCUUUGCUGUCCUAUGCCAGAGAGGCAGCUGACUUCUCCACCAAUCACCAGCUGCCCAAGCUGGACUUCGCAAUCAACCAUUACGGGCAGCCUGAUGUGGCCAUGUUUGACUUCACGUGCAUGUACGCCUCGGAAAAUGCGGCAUUGGUGCGCCAACGCAACGGCCACCAGCUGCUUGUAGCUCUGGUUGGAGACAGCCUUCUGGAGCCAUUCUGGCCAAUGGGGACGGGCAUUGCACGAGGCUUUCUGGCAGCCAUGGACUCUGCAUGGAUGGUGAGAAGCUGGGCACAGGGCGCGACUCCUCUUGAGGUGUUGGCUGAGAGGGAGAGCAUAUAUCGUCUGCUCCCACAAACCACUCCAGAGAACGUGAGUAAGAACUACAGUCAGUACACGUUGGAUCCCACAACACGUUACCCCAACAUCAGUCUGCACCUUCUCCGGCCCAAUCAGGUACGGCAUCUCAUAGACACUGGGGAGACUAGGGAAAUCCGCAUCGACAUGGAGAACGUGGUCAACUCUUCGACUCCCAAACUCAUGAGGAAUGAGUCUGUAGCGCGUUCCAGCAAGCUGCUAAACUGGUGUCAGAGGCAGACGGAUGGCUAUAGAGGGGUAAUCGUGUCUGAUCUCACUAUGUCAUGGAAGAGUGGCUUGGCUUUGUGUGCCCUUAUCCAUCGCUACAGGCCAGACCUCAUUGAUUUUGACUCGCUGGACGAGAAGGACGUAGAGAAGAAUAACCAGUUGGCUUUUGACGUUGCCGAGAAGGAGUUUGGGAUUUCGCCCAUUAUGACUGGGAAGGAGAUGUCUGUUGUAGUGGAGCCUGACAAGCUCUCAAUGGUCAUGUACCUUAGCCAGUUCUACGAGAUGUUCAAGGACACAGUACCCCCUGGUGAAAACCACAACCUGAGUCCAGAGGAAAAGGCUGCACUGAUCGCCAGCACCAAGUCUCCCAUCUCCUUCCUCAGCAAACUGGGUCAAAGCAUCAACAUCUCGAGGAAACGGAACCCCAAGCAGGAUAAGAAGGAGAAGGAGCUGGACGGAUUGGGGAAGAGGAGAAAGACGAGUCAGGCCGGCCAGUCUGAAGAUGAGGAACCUCAGCGGCCGUUGCGUGACGACCGACCUUUGGUAGCUGCGGCUCUAACGGAGCGUAGGGUCGACACCACUGUCGCGGCUAACAACAACAAGGUGAAGUCCAUGGCCACGCAGCUGCUAGCCAAGUUUGAGGAGAAUGCACCGGUACAGUCUACUGGACUCAAGAGACAGAUUGACUCUAUGCCUGAUCUGGGGCUUGUGCUAUCCCCCUCCCUGCCAGCCAUCACUCUGAAAGAGCCAGUGCCCUUGGCACCACUUCCUGCAUGGAGAAAGGCUAGCAGAAGCAGCGAUGGCCUGCGGAGCUGCCCUAAGAAAACCAUUCUGCUCUAUCCUCCUCCUCCUCCAUCAUCUUCCUCUCCAUCGCUCUCUCCACACACACAGAAGAAUGUUCACAAACUGGUGAUCCAUGAAAGUGACAGUGAUGACGAUGACACCCAGGAUCAUCUGGCAUUCUCUUACAGGGAAAGUGAGCUCAGAUGUGUGGAGCCCGCCCAUGUCACUAACGUUCAGGAAAGAGCUGAGAUGCUAGCCGCUAAGUUGACAGGGCAGUCCGACAAGCCUGACAAACCCCAGCCGAUGAAAAAGCCGUCACGCUUCUUUCUUCAGCAGUGGCUUUUGAGCCGUGGGUUACAGCCGUCCUGCUCCCCUGACCCUCAGCAGGAGGACGCACAGAGUUUGCCAUUGCGCUCUGAUGAUCAAGUGCCUAUACACAUCCCUAGCAUCCAGGAGCGAGCCGAGAGGUUAUCCUCUCUGUUCAAAGAAAAGCCUGCUAGACCCAAGCUUAAGAAAAAGCCCUCGCGCUUUCUUAUCGAGCAGUGGCACAGAAAGCAGGAGAUGUCCGCUGAUCCUCAGCUCACCUCACACUCCUUGAACCGACAGCGUUAUGUAAAGAUGUAUACAGGCGGCGUGAGCUUGUUGGCUGAGCAAAUAGCCAGUCAGCUUCAGCCUCAGGAGGACUGCUGGAGCCAUCUUGAUAAGAGGGAACUGGGUUCCUUGCGGAAGGAGUUUCCUCAGAACAUUGGAGGCAGCGACGUGUGUUUCUUCUGCCGGAAGCGUGUGUAUGUGAUGGAGCGACUGAGUGCGGAGGGCAAGUUCUUUCACCGCAGCUGCUUUAAGUGCGACUAUUGCGGCACCACUCUGAGACUGUCGUCCUACGCCUUCGAUGUGGAGGAUGGGAAGUUUUACUGUAAGCCGCAUUACUGUUACCGGUUGUCUGGGCAGGCUCAGAGGAAGAGACCCGCUCCUCCUGCUGCUCCUCUCCAGCCAAAGGUAUCCCAGGCACCAGUGAUACCUGCAACCAGCGUGGAUGCCCCUGGGGCUCCAUGUCCGGUGGAGCGUGGGCCCUCAGCUCCCGAGGUGAAUGGUGUGGCUGAGCCCAGUGUGGCAAAACGUCUUAAAGGAACUCCUGAGCGCAUUGAGCUGGAGAACUACCGACUAUCCAUGCAGAGAGAGGAGGAGCUAGAGGAGGUACCUGAGGAGACGCUGGCCGAGCACAACCUCAGCAGCGUGUUGGAUAAAGGCACGGAUGUGGACGAGGGCUCCAGUAGUUCUGAGUCUGACAUGGAGGAAGAGGGUGAGGAGCUGGAGCCACCGGCGUCCUCUGACCUUGGUGGAGUGCCGUGGAAGGAGGCCGUAGAGCUCCAUGCGAAACUGAAGGCUCCCAGCGAUGCUGGGCUGGGGAAGGAUGGAGAAAUGGAGGAAGAGGAUGAAGAAGACGAGGGAGAUGAGGAAGAGGAUGAGGAGGAGGAGGAAGAAGAGGAGGAGGAAGAAGAGGAAGAAUCAAGCGAUGAGCCCUGUGUAGAUGAUGAGGAAGAGCCUGUGGCUGAAGCAGGAAGCCCAGAUAUUGAGCCUGGCACUGAGCUGGAUGAAGAGGACAUCCCUUCAGAUGCAGAAGCUGAAGCUCGCUCGCAGCAUGUUGAAGAUCCUGAGCCUCUUCCAGUAGACACUGGGAAGCCAGAGAGCCUACAGGAAGUUUCCAGAAUCGAGCAUAAAGAACGGGUGUCUGUUAGUCCAAAGGAAAUCAUUGUAGAUGUUAUCCUCACUCCGAUCCCAAAGCCAAGUACACCUGCUGAAGAGGUCAAAGAAACAUUGACUCCGGUGCUGAUUAAAUCUCCAGGCACACGCUUUUUUUCUGAGCCCUUUUUGCCUGAUGAUGCCAAAAGAGAGGUCCCACCAUCACCACAGGUUAAGACACCAAAUAAUCCUGUUGCGGUGGUAUCUCCUAUCCGCUUCCAGCCAGCUCACCUACCAGAUACAGUCAUCCCCAAAUCUCCUGUCCCGGUCGAGUCUUGUGCCUGCUCACCUUCAGCCAACCCCUUAUCCCCAAUCUGUGCUCAGCCCCUAAUAUGUCAGGAGCCCUCCUCACCCCUCUCUUCAGGCUCUCCUGUGAGGACUCAACCAGUUCCUGCUGUAACUUCCACUCCUCUGACAAAACCUGCCUCAGAGAGGAUAACCACAGAAUCUUUGAAUGCAAAGGAUGUGACAGUAGAAACACCAGUCAAGAAGACUGACAUCAUUGAAGAGUUCUGGCAGAAGAGUGCUGAAAUUAGGAGGAGUUUAGGGCUCACCCCACUGGAUAGGAGCAAAUCUGUAGAGAAGAGCAUUAUUAAAACCCCUACCACAGAACCUGUGUUGUCUAAACCCCAGAUCUCAGAAGCCAUAUCGGAGAAGCCAGCAUUCACAGGCCGCACGGUCAUCCACAGACUCAAUAUUACUGUUGAGGGUCAGGUAAUCUCUCCUGUAGAACCCAAGAGUAGUAGCUCAGAGAGGAGGGAUCUGAGCAGUAGCUCGGGUCUGGGUUUGAACGAUAGCUAUACGACUACUCAAACGCCUACCUGUGACAGCAUUAACAACUCUGACUCCACCAUGCUCACGCCUCCUUCCAGUCCUCCACCACCUCCACCAAAUGAGGAGCCAGCAACUCUUACGAAGAAGAAGCCUCAAGUGUCUUGGGAGAAACUAUCUACACCCAGUGAGGAACCUGAAGUGGAGAAGGCACCCGCCAAAGCUAAAACGCCAACCAGUCCAGAUCAGGACAAAUUUGUGAAUGUUCCAGUAGCUGCUCCCAGAACUAACCCCCCAGUGGUGAUGAGGAUAAAAGAGCCCAAUAAACCACGCCGAGAAGAAGCGAGGAAAUCCUUUGCGGAGUGCGUAGACGAGAUUCCAUUUGCUGAUGAUGUGGAGGACACGUAUGAUGAUCGUACCCCUGACACAAGCAUGCAGGAUAAAUUUUACACCCCACCCACCAGCAGAGUGAAUAAGCCUCCCCUCCACCUCGCUUUGGCUAUGGAGAAUGGGAAACCCAACAUCCAUGGAGGUCUUGUGUCCAGAUCGGUGAAAGGUCCCCAGCACUUUUCUCCUGAAGCCAAGGAGAUUGCUGAAGAGCGGAUGAGGGAGAGGGAGAAAUCGGUGAAAAGUCAAGCUCUUAAAGAUGCCAUGUCCAAGCAGAUUAAUAAAAUGAAAGAGGCUGAAUCAAGUAAGGGCGCUGUGGCCAAAGUAGCCUGGAACGUUUCGGAUGUAGCUGUUAAAAACAAGAAGCGCUCAAGUUCUCCAAAGUCUUCAGCUAUGAAGGCCCUGGAGAGCAAAAAACAAGCAGAGGUGCUUCCUGACCGAUUCUUUACCUCACCUUUAAAUAAGAGCGUGGACAGUUCUGUCACCUCAUCUGAGAGUUCGACAGGAGGAAAGAGUAAAAAACGUAGCUCCCUUUUCUCUCCACGUAAGAACAAGAAAGAGAAGAAGGCAAAAAAUGAAAGCAAGCACUCUGGUACAGAAGAGACCCCACCUAAACACAAGUCCUUGUGGAAAGCUGUAUUUUCUGGCUACAAGAAAGACAAGAAGAAGAAAGAUGACAAGUCUUGUCCGAGCACACCCUCUAGCUCCACAACAGUAGACUCAGGAAAGAAGAAAGGAUCGCCUGUGGCAAGGUCCUCAGAUUUACAUUUGAGAAGAAACCUCAGCUUUUCAGAGGACUCGGAUCUGUCCUGUGAUGAUGUUCUGGAAAGAUCUUCUCAGAAGUCCAAGGCGGAUUCUGUUUAUGUUCCUCAUGCAUUGGCGUUCAAGAGAUCAUAUGCCACGAAGAAGACGUACACCGAGGAAGAACUAAAUGCCAAGCUCACACGCAAGGUCCAGAAGGCAGCUCGGCUUCAGGCCAAGCAGGAGGAGCUGAAGAGGCUUCACAGGGCUCAGAUCAUUCAGCGACAGUUAGAGCAGGUGGAGGAGAAACAGAGACAGCUGGAGGAGAGGGGAGUGGCGGUGGAGAAGGCGUUGCGAGGGGAAGCAGACUAUUGGGGAGAGUCUAAUUACAGUGAGAUCCUGGACUUGCAUCUGGGCGUUGAGCCCUAUGUCGGGACCCCUCGCUGGAGACCCCUGUCCUUCUGCCCAUGCUGUUCCCCAGAAGGUAACGUAAACUCCGUCUCACCAGGCCGCGUUAGCGUGCCAACCCGAUCCCGUGGCCUUUUCCCCAGACUGCCCUCUCUGGAGUUGUGGAGCAAUCCUCCUCCUCCUUCAUCCAGUUUGUUUACUCCCCUCACCCUCCCUUUCCCUUUUUUCCCAGAUAAAGAUUUUCAACAAGAUCAGGCAUCCAACAGCAUCUCUAGUUUUAUCACUCUGAGUGUGAAUUUAAUAACUGCAUGGUUUACUGUUUGUCACCAAAAAAAAAUUAUAAAAAUCCAUGUAAUGUGUGUUGGCCGCUUCAAUCCUCUUCUGUAUACGGCUGCAUGUUAUAACCGUGUGUUAACUGUGUGUUUUGCCGUGUGUACAGUCCAUAACAUAGAUUAAGGGUUCUCAAACUUUUUAUAACCAGGAACCUCUUUAAUUGUAAAAUACUGUCAAUUCUAUGGACCCCCUCAGUACAGAUUCAUUUCAUGAACACUUGUGGACUCAUCUGUCUAUUUAUUAAAUCACAUUAGAACACAUUAGGUCCAAGUUGACAUUAUUUAUAAACUGACUUGUUUGAGUUAUUGAUAUUAAACCCCAUUCAGUUCAAGUUACCACUCAAGUAGCUAUAAUAAUAAUAAUAAUAAUAAUAAUAAUAAUAAUAAUAAUAAUAAUACAAACUCAGCAAUAAAUGUAAUAGCCUUGAUAAUGGUCGGUUGUAAUUUCCACCACUGUAAGUAAAUGAAUAAAUAAAUAAAUCACAGACUCUCUGGCUGUGCUUCCUGGACCGCACUUUGAGAACCACUGACAGAUGAUUUUGUACAGCAGGUGAGGCUACAGCAUGUUGGAGUUGAAAAUAAGAAAAUAUGACUUUUUUUUGCAGUCCAUUUCAUAUCAUCAGGCAUGCCAGUGCAAACCUAUACACAUACUCUUAACAUACUUUAAAAGAAUUCUCCUAAACUCUCAAGGAGAGUAUGUACAGUGUAUAACAUGCAGUAUGUGCAGAACCAGGACAAUAAGUCAACAUUUUCCCCUGUCAUAUUUUCCCCCCCUCCAUUUUUCAGAUUUAUAACGCAAGCAGCUUUUAAUGCGGAUUGCAAACCACCAAGGCGCUCUUACUAUAAAAUUAUACAGAAAUGAAUUAGUAAAUCGGUUAUGUACUUUUAACUUUCGGAAGCAAUUUCAGGUAGCCACGUACUUUUAAAAAAGAAAGUUAAACGUUUCUACGUAUAUGUUGGUAACGCAUAACCAAAAAUUGUUUGCUCUUCAAAAAGUCCACAUUAUAUGCAGUAUGUUUAUUUUAAUGUACAAAUAUCAUUUAAUAAAUCUACAAAGAUCUAUAAUGCAAAAUCUGUAGUAGUAGUAGUCGUAGUAAUAAUAAUAAUAGUAAUAAUAAUAAUAAUAAUAAUAAUAAUUUAGAGCUUUCCAUUUCUGUCCAUGUUAACUGCACAUUCUCUACUGAUGUGCAAAAUAUUCCUUUAAUUCCAUUAGUGUGUGUGCGAGUUUUGCUCUAGAGCUCUGAGUGUGUGUAUGUGUGUGUGUGUGUGUGUGUUUUGGUGAGACUGUGCUAACUCUGGUUUUCUCUCUGUGUCUCUUCUUCGGGAGAGAAUGGGGCUGAAUGUUGUGGAGGCUACUGGCAGUGCGUGUCCACUGGAUAAGUUGCGCCUCCCAAAACCUGUCGUCCAAUGUGUCUCUGUCUCUCACAUCGCUCUUGUGUCUGAGGAACUUUGCUUUGUGUGUGUGUGUGUGUGUGUGUGUGUUAAAGCAGCACAGGGCCGUAUCAGCAAGCACAAACAUUCAGUUUUUGUGUGUACUGUAGUUUUCCUCCACUCCGUCAGCUACCUAUGUCCGUGCUGCAUCCAGGUUUGCUUGGCUCCAAUGAGCUUUUUGCAUGUCUUUGUGUGUGUGUACGACUCUGAAAGGGAUGGUAAAGGGACUGUCACAAGCUUUUAGGACUUUACUAGCAUGGGUUGAUGUGUACAGUUGGCCAAUUGCGCAACCAGUGAUUUCAGUCUUGCAUGCCACAUUCUUUUUAUCCAUGAACACAAAUGUUUUAGAAACCUUUGUUGUUGUUGUUGCAUAGGAUCAAGAAUGUGGAUCUUCCCAGGCCCCGGUAUUAUUUAGCGUAUUUCGUAUUUGCGGUUAGAUUUGGGUUAAGCUUCAAUAUACCACAGCACUGUUGAAUUCUCGAUUCCGAUUGGUCAGAAAAUGGUGCCAAUUAAAGGUUUACAUUAAUGUGCUUGAAUACAUUAUCGUUUCUAUAGUAACAACAUGCAUAUCGGCCGACGCUACGCAAACGUUUUUUUUUUUUUUUUAAUAUCAAUGAUAUGGUGACGUUUUCAGUUAGGAGAAAUUUAUUUAGCAUUAUUGCUAGGAGUCUCCAGUGUCGUGGGUUUGUAACGGUCAGAGGUAAAGCUGUAACUCUUAUGUUUUCCGGACAGCUUUCUGGAUUAUUGGUAAUAUGACAUGAUGGGGUUUAAGUCUGAUCAAUUUGAAGAGAGAGGGGAAAAAAGUGAGUCUGGUAAGAGAAAGACUAUAUAGUGGUAAUAACAUGUGUAAUAACAGGAAGUAACUUGUUUCAUGGAUGUUCCCGAACAUUAAAUGUACCUAAAUGUAUAAAAAUUGCAAUUAUCUGGAUAUUGCUGUGGUAUAAGAUGAAUAAAACACUUUAGGAUGUGCUGUUUUUUAGAAACUAAUCAACAUCUGGUGGUAGCAGGGGGUUGUUCUUUAAGAAAUAUUACAGUUGUUGGCGAAAUGCUAUGCGUCAGACCGUAUCACGACACCCUGUCAUUGAUUAUUUUCCUUUAACAGCAUACCCUGUUGUGUUUUAUUACCAAGCAUUGGUUACUGUGUGCAGAAGGCCAUACAAAAGGUAGAACGAAAUGUAAAAUGCAAUUUACUUACAUACAGUAAAUCUUUCUUUCUGGGUGCGUCCUCUGGCCUUUGGAAAAAAGUAUCAAAUGGAAACUUGUCUGUAACAGAAACACAAGAAUAUAGGCUAUAAGCUCAACCCUGAGAAGAACAGAAUGCCCCAGAAGCGUAAUCUGAUGUUUCAUUGCUCUCAAAUGUGCUUUUAAAAUCAGAAAUCUUACCUCCACGCCAUCUUCUGUGAAUUGACCGGUCAGACUUGACCCAGGGUCAGCGCACUUGCUCCUGACCCAGUCCUUCCUCUCCCUAUCCCGUCAUUCCCUAAUGAGAGACAUCCCGGCUUGGCUGUCAUUGCAUUGUCUGUGUGUUUGUCCGUGUCGAAUCUCUGUGUGGCGCGCUGGGCUUCUGUAAGUUUCCUCAUCCUUUCACGCGUUGCU